AUGCCAGGCUUGGAUCCAAAUGUUGUGGUACAUAGGUUGGCAGUAUCAAAAGAUGUUCCACCUGUGAAACAAUCGCAAAGAAGAAUUCAACCAGAGUUAAUCCUGAAAGUUGAAGCAGAAAUUGACAAAUUGAUAAGAGUUGACUUCAUUCGAGAAGUUAAAUAUCCAAAUUGGCUUGCAAACAUUGUCCCCGUGUUAAAGAAAAAUGGGCAAAUUUGUAUAUGUGUGGAUUAUCGAGAUCUAAAUCGUGCUUGCCCAAAAGAUGAAUUCCCACUUCCCAUUAUUGAAUUGCUAGUAGAUGCCACUAUUGGAUUUAAUGCAUUAUCAUUCGUGGAUGGGUUUUCUGGGUAUAAUCAUAUUAAAAUGGCACCUGAAGAUGAAGAACUCACUGCUUUUUUAACACCAAAAGGCAUUUAUUGUGACACAAUUACACCAUUUAGGGUUAAAAAUGCAGGCGCAACCUACCAAAGAGCAAUGACCACUGUCUUUGAAGACAUGCUUCACAAUACUAUCGAAUGUUAUGUCGAUGAUUUGGUGAUGACAACUAAAGAGAGGAGAAAUCAUCUUGAUGACUUAAGGCAAGUCUUUGAUAAACUUAGAAAACAUCAACUCAAGAUGAAUCCUUUAAAAUGUGCAUUUGGGUUAACAUCAGGAAAGUACCUCAGAUUCAUUGUUAGACAUCGAGGAAUUGAAAUUGACCCCGCAAAAAUAAAGGUGAUUUUGGAAAUGCUUCCCCCACGCAACUUAGUCAAUUACGGGGAUUGUAAGGAAGACUGGAUUACAUCCGAAGAGUUUGCAAUCAACUUUGUCCCGCAAAAAGCAAUAAAAGGACAAGCAUUGGCUGAUUUUCUGGCAGCGCACCCAAUUCCAGACAAUAUGGAGUUGCAUGAAGACCUUCCAGACGAGGAGGUUUUCACAAUUGAAACCUCAUCUUGGCAACUUUUCUUUGAUGGGGCAGCAAAGAAGUGUGGGGCAGGCGCUGGCAUUGUCUUUGUGACACCUUCCGGAGGACUGAUACCUUACUCUUUUCAUAUUCUGGCUAUAUGUACCAAUAAUGAAGCAGAAUAUGAAGCGUUAAUAAUCGGUCUUGAAAUUGCACUUGAAAUGCAAAUACAAUCACUAGAGGUAUAUGGCGAUUCUCUUUUGAUUCUCAAACAAAUUAAUGGUGAAUUUGUAGUCAAGCAUGAGGCUUUAAUUCCUUAUUGUGAGAAGGCUAAGCAUUUGAUUGCUCAAUUCCAAACUAUCACGGUAAAUCAUGUCCCUAGGUCAAAAAAUGGCAAAGCUAAUGCUUUAGCUAAAUUAGUUGCAUCACUAACGCUUCCUGGUGAAAGGGAUAUUCAAAUUACAAUAGGAGAACGCCUUUUGUUACCCCAAAUUAUGGAGAGGAAAGAAGAAAUAAGUACCAUAAAUUAG